UCCUUCGCUCGCUCCCCGGCCUCAUCUUCCCAAUCACGACACACUGUUUGUUUGCUACAAGAAGAGGCAUCGACCUCCAAUGGCGACCUCCGCGCUAGCGCUGCUCGAUCAGACUCUGCCGUUCGGUGGCGGCGGUGGCUCGGACAGGCUCAGCAAGGAGAUCUUCUCCAUCCUGGAGUCCAACUUCCUGUUCGGCGCGCAGACGCCGGAGCUAGGCGCGGGCCGCGUGCGCGUGCUCUCCAUCGACGGGGGCUCCGACGGCGGCGCGCUUGCCGCGGCCGCCCUCGUCAGGCUCGAACGGCAGCUGCAGGAGCUCUCCGGCAACCCGGCCGCGCGCGUCGCGGACUACUUCGACCUGGCGGCCGGGUCCGGCGCCGGCGGGUUCCUCGCGGCGGCGCUUUUCGCGCGCCGGAUGACCGCGGAGCAGGCGCGCGACGUCGUGGCCAAGAACCGGAAGGUGUUCUCUGGGCGCGCUGGCCGCGGCGGGCUCUUUUCCUCGCGGCCGGAGGCGGUGUUCAAGAAGGUGUUCGGGGACCUCACCGUGAGGGACGCGGCCAAGCCGCUGCUGAUCCCCUGCUACGACAUGGCCACGGCGGCGCCGUUCGUCUUCUCCCGCGCCGACGCCGUCGAGGCCGAGGCGUUCGACUUCCCGCUCUGGCAGGUCUGCGCGGCGGCCUGCGGCGUUGGGCCGGCCGAGGUGGCGUCCCUCGAUGGGCGGACCAGACUGCGCACCGCCGGCGCGGGCGGCGCGGGCGUGGCCAACCCGACGUCCGUGGCCGUCACCCACGUGCUCCACAACAAGCAGGAGUUCCCCUUCGCCGCCGGCGCCAGCGACCUCAUCGUGCUCUCGCUCGGCGGGAACGCUGCCUCGGACCACCGCACGUCCUCCUCCUCUAGCAUCCUCCGCAUCGCCAGCGCGUGCCAGGCCGACAUGGUGGACCAAGCAGUAUCAAUGGCGUUCGGAGAGAACAGAGCAACCAACUACAUCCGCAUCCAGGGCAACGGCAUUGCUGCAGGAGCGACGGCGGAGGCGGCGAUGGCGGAGCGGGGUGUGGAGUCGGUGCUGUUCCGGGGCAAGAAGCUGAUGCCGGAGACCAACGGCGAGCGGCUGGACGGCGUGGCGGAGCAGCUGGUGCGGGAGCACCGCCGGAGGAUGGACAGCAAGACGCCCGUGGUGCUCAUCAAACCGUCGGCGACACCCCGGACGUCGUCGUCGUCAGCGUCCACGCUCAUCACCGUCUCCUCGUCGGAGUCGCCCUGAAGACCGGCGAAUAGACGACGCUGAUUAAUUAACUAGCUUUGGUUUCUGAGUUAUUUAUUCGUCGCUUGGCUUUUAGUUUAGCGCGGCGCCGGCACUAGCUAGAGUGUGUGU